CUCGCAUCAAACUUCCCAGCAAAAGCAAACAAGCCCAGCAGAGUCAGGGAAAAGGGAGAGAGAAGUCCAUUUGGGCUUGCUGGCCGCCUGCGGGGUGCCCCCCGGCAUGUAGCCAGCCUGGGGGACCAGGGACCCCCCUCAUCCUACCUUCCCAAACUCGCUGAAGGGGAGAGAGUUCUUCUUCCUCCUGAUCUCUGCAGCACCUGCACAUCCCUGGAUAAAUAAAUCCAAGAGGAGGCUUUCCAGUUCGGCCACCUUAUCCCAAAGUCCAGGGGGAGGACUGCUCGGAGCAGCGACUGGCUGGCCGCAGGAAACUUUUCGCCAAACUUUGCUGGUGCUUUGCUCUGCUUUUUAACCCCUUGAGUCUCUGCGUGGGCUGGAAGCCUUCUCUGCUCUGAGUAACACUCCCCAACUCCCCUGCACUUAAUGAAUUAGAAAAGCAGGGAAAUAAAGUUAUUGUGAAAAAGCUGAGGAUAAAGCCUGAAAGAAGAAAGGAAGGGGAAAAAAAAAUCUGCAGCCUAAGGAUGAAGCAGUGAAUGGAAAGAACAAUUUAAGUGGAAUCAACAAGUGGGUACUUCUGCACAUCUCGUUCUUCCCUUCCCACUCCAGCCCACAGGCUCUCAGAAACUUGUUACUAGAAAGAAAACUCGUCCUCCAGUUGGUGGACUUCUCCCCGCAAAGCGACAGAGCGAUGGUCCCCAGGGUGAACGCAGCCUUCGUCAUCUAUGCCUUUCAGGGGCUACUCCUGAUGCAAGGUCUUGCUGAGAAAGGAUUUUUUGAGAAGCCAACGUUAAAUAUUGUGAAAGACCACAUCAUCCUCUUACCAGGAGACACCCUGAAAGUCAAAUGCAGAGGAGCACCAUCUGUGAGCUGGCUUUUGAGCGGGAGGCAGAAGGAAGACCCCCGGGUGCAUAUCAGUAACUGUCGCAAUACCACAAGGCAGAACUGCAGCAUACUUGUCAUCAGAAAAGUCCUCGCUAAUGACACUGGUUACUUCACCUGCAUUCACGAUGGACACCCAUCCAAUGAGGAUCUCAUGGCCAAGAUUUAUGUGUUUGUUAAAGAUUACAGAAAUCCAUUUGUGGAGAUUCACCCAGAACAUCCUGAAAUAAUCUACAUUUUAGAUUCCAAGAAAACGGUUGUUGUCCCUUGCCGAGUUACCUCGCCAGAUAUCAAACCCAAGCUUACCCAGUAUCCUCAUUCUGUUGAGAUGAACUUCAAGAGAAUGGUGUGGGACCCAAGAAAAGGAUUUGUCAUCCCCUCUCAUUCUUUUGUGUACUCUGGACUACUGACGUGCACUGCAAAUGUCAAUGGAAGCAUGUUCACCUCCUAUUACCUAGCACAGAGACUGGAGGGCAGAGCACAGAACCUGGAUUUGAAAGCAACUCCCAAAAAACUACUGGUUGGAGAAACACUCAAUUUAGAAUGCAGAGCAGAAACCUUCAUCAACGGGCGCAUUGAGCUGAUAUGGACUUGUCCUAAUGGGAGACACCCUUCUCCUAGAAGGAUGAUAGAUCAGAGUGGCACGGUGUAUAAAGUUCGCAGCAGCCUGACAAUUGAAAAUGUCACCAUGCAAGAUGGAGGCCUUUACGUUUGUAAAACAUUCAAUGUAACAAGGCUGGAGGCCAACGUUACAGUGACAGUGUACGACAAACCUUUCAUCACGGUUUCACAUAAGAAAGGGCCUUACUAUGAGAUUACCUCAGGACACAAGUCACUGAAACUAGCGGCAAAGGUGGAUGCCUUUCCCCCUCCAAGUGUUGCCUGGUACAAAGAUGGCAAACUGAUCAAGGAUAACCAUACCUGCUAUGAGCCGGAUCCAACAAAGUACAGACUGGGCAUAAGAGAUGUGAGACCAAAGCAUGCUGGAAACUACACCAUCGUCUUAAGCAACAUGGAAUAUGGCCUGUAUAAGAACCUCACCAUGCAGCUGGUAGUGACAGAGAAACCCAAAAUCUAUGAAAAAGAAACUGAUUUUGAUAAGAUUGAACGGGUGGAAUUAAGAAGCAAACACAAAAUCCAGUGCACCGUAAGCGGGAAUCCCGAUCCAAAGAUUGAGUGGAAGUGGCAGCCCUGCAGCCUCACAGACACACUGUGCAAUCCCAGUGGGAAAAAAAUUGCAGUUCAGGAGAACACGUUCCUAGGCAACAAGAUCAGAAGCAUUGAAAACAUCAUGGUGAAGCAUGGGGAUAAAAGAAAGAUUGUGAGCACGCUGACUAUGGAAAACUGCAGUGCGUCGGGAAUCUAUUACUGUGUGGCUUCAAACAAGAUUGGCGAAGAAGAGAGGCACAUUGAGUUCUAUGUUUCAGAUGUGCCGUUUGGAUUGCAGACAGAGCCACAAGUCACAACCAUUGUGGGGAGCGAUGUCUGGCUGACCUGCCGGGCCUCCAGGUACAUCUACAGUCACCUGGCCUGGUUUCACCCAUCCGCAGAGGUGGCUCACAGUGACUCAGUGGUCAAGAGAACAGACAACUACUCCAUCUCUUUGACAUUGAUCAUUACAAACAUCACGAAGGAACAAAGCGGUCUCUACAAGUGCAGAGCCCAGAACCAGCACAACAGCACAGACACGCUGGAACAGCACACGCAGCUCCUGGUCAGAGCAAAGGCAGCACCGUAUGUGAUACAAAACCUCACAGAUCUGGAGGUUAACAUCAGUGGCAAGAUCAUUCUGGAGUGCAAAGUCAGUGGAACACCAGAACCCCAGAUAACAUGGAGGAAGAACAGCUAUCCCAUUUUGGCAGCAUCAGGCAUUUCCAUGGAAAAUAAUACCCUGGUGAUUGAGCGAGUGAAAAAGGACGAUGAGGGGCUGUAUGAAUGCAGGGCAUCCAACGACAUGGGCCAAGACAGCACGUCAGCCUUCAUCAAAAUACAAGGUUCCGAGGAGAAAUCCAACAUUGAAGUUAUCAUCUUGGUCUGCACUGGUCUGGCUGCCACUCUCUUCUGGCUCCUUCUGACUCUGUUCAUUCGGAAACUGAGAAAACCCGAUGCCACAGACAUUAAAACAGGAUACCUGUCCAUUAUAAUGGAUCCAGAGGAGAUGCCUCUUGAUGAGCAGUGUGACCGCCUGCCCUACGACAGCAGCAAAUGGGAGUUCCCCAGGGACAGACUGCGGCUCGGUAAAACACUGGGUCAUGGUGCUUUUGGGAAGGUGGUGGAGGCGUCUGCUUUUGGCAUUGAUAAAUCUUCAACCUGCAAAACAGUUGCUGUAAAAAUGCUUAAAGCAGAAUGUGCAACUACUAAUGAAUGCAAGGCUUUAAUGUCUGAGCUGAAGAUCCUCAUCCAUAUAGGACAUCACCUCAAUGUUGUCAACCUGCUGGGAGCCUGCACCAAAGCUGGAGGUCCUUUAAUGGUCAUAGUUGAGUACUGCAAAUAUGGGAACCUGUCCAACUACCUGCGAGGAAAACGAGGUGAUUUCAUUGCAUACAAGUCCCAGGAAAACUCUGACCAAGCAGAGAAAAGUCUAGAUGAGUCCAACAGUGAUUUGACCGAACUGAUCAAGAGGCGCCUGGAGAGCGUGGCCAGCACAGGAAGCUCUGCCAGCUCAGGAUUUAUUGAAGAUAAGAGCUACAGUGAUUCAGAAGAUGAUGAAGAAGAUGCUGAGGAUCUGUACAAGAGGCCCUUGACUCUGGAGGACCUGAUUUGCUAUAGCUUCCAAGUGGCAAAAGGCAUGGAGUUCCUCGCCUCCAGAAAAUGCAUUCAUCGGGAUCUGGCAGCGAGGAACAUCCUCCUUUCAGAGAACAACGUGGUCAAGAUCUGUGACUUCGGACUAGCCAGGGACAUCUACAAAGACCCUGACUAUGUACGGAAAGGAGAUGCGAGACUGCCGCUCAAAUGGAUGGCUCCAGAAGCUAUCUUCGACAAAAUCUACACAACGCAGAGUGAUGUAUGGUCUUUUGGAGUGCUGCUAUGGGAAAUAUUUUCUCUAGGUGCCUCACCAUACCCUGGAGUGCAGAUAGAUGAGGACUUUUGCCGACGGCUCAAAGAAGGAACCCGGAUGAGAUCGCCAGAGUACUCUACUCCAGAAAUCUACCAGACGAUGCUGGAUUGCUGGCAUGGAGUACCCACAGAGAGGCCGACUUUCACGGAGCUUGUGGAGCGCUUAGGAGAUCUCCUUCAAGCCAACGUGCAGCAGGAUGGCAAAGACUAUAUUCCACUGAACAUCACCUUGUGCCCUGAUGGAGAACCUAACUCCAAAACUUGCCCUGUGGAAGAAAAUUUGAACAACUGUGUUAAUCGCUGGAGCGCAGUGGAAACUGGUGACAGCAAGAAGCGACCACUGAGUGUGAAGACAUUUGAUGAGGUGCCAGUGGAAAAGGAGAAAGUGAUGCAUGAGGAGUCCGACAGCGGGAUGGUGUUGACGUCAGAUGAGAUAAAGAGCCCAAAGAGGCUGGAAAUCCGUUCCUGGCCGUAUGGGAUCAUGGCUCUAGCGCGCAGAGCUGUUAGCAAGAGCAAAGAAUCCAUAUUAUCCGAUCACGAGCGGGAGGCUGUCAAAUACCAGCCAGCAGUACAGAUAGAAGAGGACACCAUGGACUUCACACUGGAAGACUCUGUUCUCCUUCCUAUGGAUCCAAGCCUGGAAUGCCACAGCCCACCUCCGGAUUACAACUCCGUCAUCCACUACUCGGCCCCCCCGGUGUAACGAGGCCAGCUUGAUGCACGCUGCCUCUCAGCCACGCUAGAUUCCGCAUGCCUCCACACCUGGAUAAAGAGCCUGGGACACAGUAGAAGGGAAAUCUGACAGGACAUCAGUUCAUCUGUUUCUUCUGGCACGUCUCUGAUGCAAACAGAAACAUUUAAAGAGCACCUCCUUUGCAAUCUUUAAAGGCAACGUGUGUGGGAAUGCAAAUUCUGUCUAUGGGAAUCGUUAGUUGGAGCUGUAACCCAGAACGGCUUCCACACCUUCCUCCUCUCGCUAGGACUCCUCCUUGGCAUGGGCAGAUCUACAAGCUCCUUCAUUCACAUUUUACUCUAUAAAAGUCACCAAGAGUCAUGGCAAGUGAGUUGUGAAAACAAGGUUCAUUCUGCUGGUCCCUGCUGCAGGGACUGUUCAGCGUGAUACUGUGACGGAUCCACCGGAAACUAUAGCCAUACACACUGACACUUUGCUUCUGGGCAAAACCCAAAACUGAAACGUCAUUUUUGGGAUCUCACCUUUUGUAAGUAUUCUUGAAACAUUAUGAAAUCCAAAACACUUUGGCUACAAUUUGUGAUUUAGCAAUUUCCACCACUUAUAGGAUACACUCCUAAAAAUGACACGGCACAGAAGAAGCAGAUGGUACUCAUGGCUGGUCUUCUGGGCUCUCAGAGGAUACAGUGUGGUUGAGUCUGUUUCCUUGUGUUGUCUCCUUGUCCAAACAACAAUUUAUUUCACCCACAUGCAAUAGGGAACCUUGAUCAAGAUGCAUCUGUAACAAGCACAAGGCAAAAUCCCUGCCUUAAAUAAGAACCUUUUUAAGCUUAAAUAGCCAGAAUUUCCCAGCACACAUGCACGUUUGUGUGAACAUGCAGCAAAUGCUUAUUAACAACACGAGAGUUACACAAAAAUACACGAACACCCUUGCAGCACCAGCAGGGCAGCCGCAUUUUCACAUCUCCUCUCUGCACGCAGGCUAUUUACUGAAAAGGAGAAAAAAAAAAAAAUCAUUUCCUUUGGAUUCUGUGGCUGAUGCCCAACAGUUUGAUGUUGAGAAUACCAGUCACUGCUAACCUGUAAGCAGGUGUGACACAGACUUGUCUCUGCCUGUCUUGCCGAGGUAAACACUGGUGUGCUGUGCCCCCCCUGCAUCUGAACCCUUCCACAAAGCUUUUUCUGCAGCCGAAUCGUGCUGGGCUGUAUGGAUCUCAAGCGCUCACAUCCGAGAACUCCAAAGUGUGCUGCCCUCUGCCUAAAAGCCAUGUGGCAGGGAUGGUUGGGCUGCAAGGUGGUCCCACGGCCAUCCCAAGCAUUCUUGCAGCAAAUAAUUGGUUACCUCAUAGCAACCAGAGCUGACUCUAGAAAUCUAGGAAAGUUAGAGGUGUCAGGGUUGCAAGUAUGAAAAGCAAGGAUGAGGAAGAUGUUCACUGCCAGCUGAGGCUCUAACCUCGCAAAUGAUGAGCCUGUAUCUGCCCGUGCCUCCCUUUCCUUGCAGCUCCUCCCAAGGUCUGCACAACCCAUCCCUUUUCUCCUUAGAACUGACACUGAUUUGACUUCUUCAGAGAAAAGGAAUUUCUCUUCACUGUAACACAGUAGGGGAAGGGGAAAAAAAAGCCAACGCUUGCAAACCACUGCCAUGACCUGGGUGAAGACAGCCUCAACACCCGCGCAGCCGGGAAAUCAUUCCUCAAUGAUCAGUCACAGCUGGUUACACUGAAGAAAACGCAAACAAGCCUCAGGUAUUACCAAACCCCAAACCAUGUCAACUGUGAAUGCUAAAGCAUUGGAAGUAUGGGCUCUUGGGAACUGUGCUUCUCAUCCUCCUUGACUUUAGAUUCAAUGGAGUAAGGAAAUCACCCGCAGGAACUCAUGAGCCCCUUGUUCAUUGCAGACCCACCACAGAGCUGUGGUCUGUAGUUGCUUUAUGGUCAUUUUUGCACUUCUUUGUAUUUUAAUACCUAUGUAUGAAGUAGAGCUGGUCAUAAAACAGAAGAAACUACUGGGAAAGAAUUCAUCUGAUGAGUCCCUGCAAGCUCAUUGGAUCCGUUUUUCAUCAAACAGUGAAUUAAGACUCUAUAGCUUGGAUCAAAUCAUCAAUCACUGCUCAUGGAAAUAAUUUAUUAAUCUGGCAAAAAGAAAAAAAAAAAGUGCAGAUACUUUGUCUGCCUCUGCUCUUGAUGGCACCAGUGUGAGAUGGUUUGCUACUGUGCCUUGUUCUGCAGGGUAAGGAAACAGCAGUGUUUAAACACUUAUGCUCAUAAACUUUACAAUAAGUACAUCUGGGGAAAAUCCCUGCACGUAUGCUCUCUAUUUUGAAAACGAAUGGGAAACACUGUUGUGUGAACAGUCCACUUCUGAGAGAGUCUAGUGUCUCACUUUUCCCUUUGACCACGAAGGACUGGUGAGGUCCCUCAGAGACCAGAGGAACAUUAAGAACGUUUCCCAAGCGGGACACAAGCGAACAUACAAGUGGAGCACUGGCAGCCAGGUCCCUUUCUGGCUCCCAGUGACAGAUACUGGCCUAUCCGCAUCAGGCGAGUUGAUGUGAAAGCGAAGUGUGGGUUCAAGUCCUCGACACUUGUUUUCCAACACCAGUCGUGCUGACAGCUCUCUGGAAAACAAGGGCUCCUCUGCAGUGACAGAAUCAACAGCUGCCUUGAGCAGGACGGCCACAUCUUCAGAGAGCAGAGAUCCCCUCUGAGCCCACCAUGAUGGCUUCAAGGGCUCUGGGAACGGCAAGGGAAUGGUGUUUGGGCAGCUGGUUAUUCAGAGUGGAAGACUUUUUUCCUCCUUAUAGUAAAUAUAACAACCAAAAGUAUUGCCUGAAAAGUAUUAUUGGACAUCCAUCUUCUAUUUUAUUUACUAAUAUUUCGUUUGUUCUCUUCUCUCCUCCCUUAAUUUAAUUACUGUUCUUCUAUCACAGCAAUGUAUAUAGUUUACCCAGUAGAAACAAAUACAGUGAUUCAUUUAUAUGGUAAAAUUUGUAACAUUGUAGUCCAAAGAGAAAGAGAUAUCCAGCCAUAACAGAGAUAGGUAGUGUUACUAAACAUUUCACUAAUGCUUGCAGGCCAGGCUCCAGUUUACAGUGCCCCAUAGUGCCCUCUCAUAGCAGUUCUGCUCCCGAGUGUGAGUAUCUCCGUCUCUAACUUGCUUUCUACAUUAUUUAGUCUCAGUUAGGAAACAGGGAUCUGGAGGAAUCUGGCAGGUUUAUCUCAUUCCUGGAAGUGUCCUCACGCAGCUUGUGCUAAAGGCGAGGAACGUCCACUGCCUCAGUUUAAUUGAAGGCUGCUGCGCUAGCAAGAGGAUCAGCAGGGGCCAAAGGGUUUAAAUAUGUCAUGUUCAUGAUUUUUACAGACUUCUCAGGGAUUCUUACUCGACUCCUGUCAGCCACCUGCUUUGUCCAAACUGUCUGCGCUCCAUGGUCUCUGGCAUUAACACAUACCUUUGGGCAGCCUGAUUUAAUGGGGUGGCCCUGCCCAUGGCAGGGGGGUUGGAACUAGAUGAUCUUUAAGGUCCCUUCCAACCCAAACUGUUCUAUGAUUCUUUGUUCUCUUUAACGUGCUUGUUCCUACUGCUUUUGUCCUUUUGUCACUCCAGAGAAUUUGGCCAAAGGAACUCAGAGCUGACCACAGAAAAAUGCUGUCUUCUCUCCAUGUAGCUGUCCGAGGAUAAGUGCCUUCACCCUGUCCUCAGCCAGGCUGCUUUUAUCAGCCUGGUUUCCCAUCUCAUCUUUUCUCUACUUUUCAUCUACCUCUCAGUAUUUGUUUCUCAUGGUCCCUUUGGAUUGCUUGUCUCUGCCUUCGGAAUAGGAUCAGGCAUAGGACUUGUUUCACUCUGCUAUUUCCUGUACGUUCUUCUCCUCCAAAGCCUGAACUAGAGAACUUAAAGCAAGCAGCUUUCGCAUCAUACGUGUUCUAACAUACACAAUAUUGGAAUGUCUGAAUGCCUCUCUGUGCCCUUCCCUGAACAAGAGAAGCUUUUUAAUCCAUUGAUUUUUCAGUAUUUGGUAUCUGAAACAAAACAAAGGUGACUAUCCAUGUGCGCCUCACCUUCCACCUAGCCCUUUCUCAAACAGUGAGGUUUCUCUUAGGUUCUUCCAGGUUAUCCUCGCAAGAAGAGGGUGGUAACCAGGAUGCUGGGCACACAUCAUCUACUCAGGACUUAAAGGAAGGUCAGAUAAAAACCUUAAGUCUGCAUAAUGGUCUCAAACAAAAGCACUGAAAUGUGAGCCCACCAAACGCUGAGGAUGCAUGUAUUCAGGGCUGCCUUCAGGCACAAACUGCUCUCCUUAAACCAUCCUCCUAAUACAAUCGCUGCUCUCCAGUCAGCCUGCUUGGCAAAUGCCUGGGAUAACCUGGAAUGUUCAGGCACUGCUCUCUUGGGCUUUACUUUCUUGUACACUGUAGGAAUGUUAGUUGGCAGCUGAGCCUGUAAUCGGCCAUUCAAGAGGUUAUGGCUUAUCUUCUCAAUGACCCUUUAUGCUGGGUGCUGGCACUGCCUUGUCGUGUCCUAUCUUGCUCUACAAAUUUGACGUGGCCCUGUUCCAGCUGUGAGGAUGUGAUCUUGGGUCAAUGGUCUCUAGCUCCCAUCAGCACCGAUUGGAGAACGCUUGCAGGGAAACACCUCUAGCAGAUAGCUACGUAACAGGACAAAGCGUUAUUGGGUUUUCCUGAACACAGGAUUUCACCAGGAUCGGUAUUACACUUUCUUGUCAUAAAGUGAAUGGAAAAUACAGAAAGCAGCAAUAACGCCUCUGUCCUUCCCUGCAAACAGUCAUGGCCAAACCCUGAGAUCCGUUUUCCUGGGUUUAUACUACAUCACAGAAAAAAACAUAAAGAAUUUUGCCAAAACAAAGACACCAGCACCAUGUUAGACAAGUAGCUUUCAGGGAGGACUCCUGGACAUGUCCCUGUCAGCAUCAGUCACUAUAUAGGUGACAGGUUAAGUGCUGAGCACAAGCACUGCCUCGUUUGUUGGACACGUGUGUUGUCAUAUUAACACUUUCUGGGCCCCCCACACCAAUGUGAUGCUAUGAGGGUUAUGGUUACAGGACAACAAGUGCAGAAUGCACUGAGCACUGUCCCAGUGUCCUGCCUAAGAAUCCGGCGUCACCAGAGCCAGCACACCCUUAUCACUAUGUUCCUUUUUCCUUAGCCCUUGAGUUGCCAAAGCAGCUAACGGAAACUGAGAAGACCCAGCAACCUGGGACUUAAAGAAAAUAAACCAAGUGCCAUGUAACAGUAAAGACACUAAGGAAUGUUUGUCUGCCAUGUUCCUGUCUGUCUGAAGAAUGUAUGCACUGAAAACAACGCUUUCGUAUGUAGUCAAAAAUUGUACUGUAUCUAUUAACCCAAAAAAAUAAAAAGAUUCUAUAUUUAUAGA